UGUCGCCAACUCAUCCUGCCGACUGGAAACUCACACGACGAUGUCAUGAAGACGUGCGGCCAAGCUCCUUUUGCCUGCGCAAUUGAUGUGAAUUCAAUAGCGCAUUAGGUAGGCCUACCCCUGAUCGGCUCGGUGACCAAUCGAUCUGUCAGAGCCAAGCUGGAUACCGAUCGCGGCAUGUGGCUUGUCCUUCGUACCUUCUUACCCACCUCUCUGCAACUGGUAAACUGACGUGUGACCACGACUUCGAAUGCUUAUGCUCUAGUACUGGUCUUCUGACCUCACGCUCCUUUUCCGUGUAUUUCGUCUUUCAUGUCCACGGCGUUCCCAGGUCGGUCGUGCAUUUCAUGGGACGGUCCACCUCAAAACAUUUCUUGAAUACAGCAUCCACCUCCUCGAUAUGGCGGUUGAUGCAGCUCGCCGGCAGGCGACCCUGGGAGGCAUUCCUGUAAAGCACAUUGCGCUGGUCGCGCUGGUGAUACAGAAUGCGGCGCUCGUCCUCGUUCUUCGAUAUUCCCGCAUCAUGCCCUUGGUUGAAGGGCAACGAUAUUUCGCAUCGACGGCGGUGUUUCUUUCGGAGAUUAUCAAGUUUUCGUUCUUCCUGUCGAUGGCCCUCUACGAGACCGCAACGAGCCCUCACGCACCCGAUGCCUCCACGAUCAGCGAACUGGCGGGCUCACUUUCGCGAGCAGUAUUUACAGGAGACAGUUGGAAGUUGGCAAUACCAGCGAUCUUGUACUCGCUUCAAAAUACGCUGCAGUAUGUUUCGGCCAGUAAUUUGGAUGCUGCAACCUUCAGCUUGGUAUACCAGCUCAAGGUCGCCUCGACAGCCAUUUUCGGUGUGUUGUUACUGGGCCGAGUGCUGGAUGGGCGGAAGUGGACGAGUCUGGGACUGCUAGCAGCUGGAGUGUUGAUUGUACAAUUUGGCACAAUCUCAUCACAAGAGGGGGGACCACUGUCGAUGAAGGACCUGAGAGAUGGCGUGUCAUUCCAUGCUCCUCGAAGCAUCUGGGAGUUGCGAGACGCAGGCAAUCAAGCUGCUGGACAGUUGAACAAGCGCUCCGCAACAUACGAAGGCAUCGAUGAAGAUGUUGCUGCAGCAAAUCCUCGCAUGAACGCGACCAUUGGAUUGGUGGCUGCGGUGGUCGCGUGCUUCACUUCCGGUGGUGCAGGAGUAUACUUUGAGAAAAUCCUGAAGUCGAAAGAAGGGCAAAGGACUUCGAUCUGGGUCAGGAAUGUUCAACUCUCGUUCUACUCGCUCUGGCCGGUGUUGUUCUUGGGUGUGCUCUUCAGAGACGGCGAGCACCUGGCCACCAAGGGCUUCUUUGCGGGCUACAACUGGACUGUAUGGCUCGUCGUACUGCUGCAGGCUGUAGGCGGAAUACUUGUCGCGCUGUCUUUGAACCACGCCGACAAUGUGACUCGGGUUUCGGCUACCACAGCAUCAUCCGUCAUUGUCCUGGUCAUCUCGGCUCCUCUCUUGGAGUUUCCCACUUCCAUGUUGUUCCUGCUCGGCACAAUCAUCACACUCGCAGCCGCGUUCGCAUAUCAGUCUGCACCAAACGAGAAGCAACUCCGACCACCGCCGAUCAACGUGUCGCAAUACGAAAAGAAUCAGUCACCCGGGUAUUUCGAUCUGGAGUCGGUCUCAACGGCCAGCAAGUCGCCACUGCGAGAUUCAAUGCGCGACGGGCUAUCGACCAGCAGGCCUGGCACGCCUUCGGGAGAGCGAAGGCUCUUCAGAGCUAAGAGUUCGGAGUGGAAGAAGGGGAAACGAGAGUUGUGAUGACGAUCGAAAGAGCAGGAUGGGAUGAGCAUAUUGGAUACCCGCGAGGACCCAGACCCGCAAUGAAGUUAUGUGCAUAUGUGUUUUGAACAGCGAGGGCGCGCCAUCAUGUACGUAAGUCUUGAAUGUAUUCGCGUCUCCUAAUCACGUCGCGUGUGCGUGAAAUGUGGAAAGAGCAGUUCUCACGCGUGCCUUCCUGGUGUUGAGGCCGGAGCAGCACGCACUCGCGUCUCCACGUUGCUAACAUCGCCAUCUCUCACACCUCAUUCCAGAGCGAUU